GCGGUGCUGGCGGCGGGGCGGCCGCGCUCGCUCGGCCCGGCCAUGUCGCUGGGGCCGCUGGAGCCGCGGGGCUCCGCGCCCGGCCCGCCGCGGGACUUCAGCGCCAUCGUCCAGACAUGCAGCGCCAACGUGCAGCGCAUCGCGCAGUACACUGCUCAGAUAAAGAAUUUGAUGAGCCAGCUGGGAACUAAGCAGGAUUCCAGCAAGCUUCAGGAGAACUUACAACAGCUGCAGCACUCUGCAAACCGCCUUGCCAAAGAGACCAAUGAAUAUCUCAAGGAGUUGGGGUCUCUGCCACUCCCCCUGUCUGCUUCUGAACAGCGCCAACAGAGGCUUCAGAAGGAACGAUUAAUGAAUGACUUCUCCGCGGCCUUAAAUAACUUCCAGGCAGUUCAGAGGAGAGUCUCAGAGAAGGAAAAGGAGACUGUGGCAAGGGCGAGAGCUGGCUCCCGGAUCUCUGCUGAUGAACGGUUCAGAGAAGAACAGCUUGUUUCAUUUGAUAGUGGUGAAGAUUGGAAUCAAAUGCAGUCUCAGGAAGAAGAUGUGGCAAUAACUGAACAGGACCUUGAACUCAUUAAAGAAAGAGAAACUGCAAUCAGGCAAUUAGAGGCAGACAUUUUGGAUGUCAAUCAGAUAUUUAAGGAUUUAGCCAUGAUGAUUCAUGACCAAGGAGAUAUGAUUGAUAGCAUAGAGGCAAAUGUGGAAAGUGCAGAAGUUCAUGUGGAAAGAGCCAGUGAGCAGUUACAGAGAGCUGCCUAUUAUCAGAAGAAAUCCCGUAAGAAGAUCUGUAUCCUGAUGUUUGGCCUUGCUGUGGCCUGUCUAAUCAUAGGAUUGAUUAUCUGGGGGACAAGCAAAUGAAAUCUUCCCAUGGAACCCAAUCUCACUGCUGAGAUUUUCUUCUCUCGGAACCAACGAGCUGACAGGUCUUGGAGAUGAAUUGCCCACCCUGAGAGCACGAGCUGGAACUACUUCUAGUAAUAGAUAUUAGCAACUAAUGUGCAGAUAACUAGUAUUUGGAAUUAGUGAACCAUGGAGACAGUAUUUGUCAGUUUAUAUACAAAUUAUAUUGUUUUAUGUAACUAAAACCUUGUGGUUUUGCUUUCUGUAUUGUAUUAUUCCCUGUCCCAACUGUAUGCUGAAGUGAGAUCAAUAAUUGGAGAUGUCUUGUUUUUGACAACUGGCACAACUUUAACAUUUUGUGUAUGUAGGUAACUUUGUUGGACUGGAAUGAGAAUGACAUAGAAAGACAGCACACCACCAAGUCACAUUACAUAAACCCAGCAGUUUCUAAAGUCUCCACUAUCUGCCCCAUGGUUUUAUUGUCUCCAAGUGGCUGUGGUUCUAGAUUCUCUUGAAGAGAAAGAUGUUGUUACAGAUUCCAAAGGCAAGGAGAGUUUGCGUGGAUGAUGAUUGGAACCACUGCGUGCUAAAGGUCAGUUUAGCCUUGAGACUUGUAACUGUGUUGUUUAAUUUUUCAAGUGUGGUUGUGGGUUGGUUUUUCCCAAAAGGCAUCAUUUGAGGACAGAAUGUUCUUUGACUUACACUCUAACAAUGCAGCUUCCUUAGACAAACUAUCUGGUUGUUUAUUAGCCGGCAAAUAAAUCUCUUCCAAUGCUGACUCUCAAGCACUAGGUAUACAAAGUUUAGCUGCUACUCCCAGUUGUUUUUAGAAGCUUCCAGGAAGAAAAUCACACAAAGGUGAGGAAGUGGGCACCUAAGUUUACAAGUUAGCAAGUUAGAUGAGUGUUAGCAGAAACCUUGCUUCUGAAGAAGUACUUCUGAAGCGCAUUUGUAGUGUGUCAGUAAAUGUUAUGUGUGGCUUGUGAUUGUCUGGUAUUUUCCAUUCUUUAUGAAAUAGAAACUGGCUGAGUGAGGUGCUAGGAUUUUCAGGCUGAGGAUGUGUGUGCAAAUGAAAAAGAUUGCUGAUUCCAGCUCAUGGAGCUGGGCAGAACACAGCAGCCACUCCGCACUUUGUGUAGCUCUGAACUGACAUGCACUGAGGGAACUGUAAUCUGUCCAAAGCCCAAGGGAGUGUAGUAAAUGCAGCAUACUGACCCAUUUUGUAUUUAUCUUUAUUCCAUGUCUCCUCUAUAAUAAAGUAAAUGUGAAAGCUGGGAAGGGAGUGUUCUCCCAAUUGCACAGUGGUUUGCACUAUUGCGCCAUCAUUCCGUCUAAUAAUCAUCAAUAAACACUUUUAAAAGCC